CUACAGACACCUGUGUCGCCGACGGGUUCGCCGUCAUUGCGCGAUAGCGACGGUCCUGCCAUUGACUUGUAUCGCUUCCGUCACGUCGCAGUUGGCUGCCACCUCCUUCUAGUCCUCGCUUCCGCCUCUCAUCUAGUUCGCUCGGGCGCCCUUCCAAGCGCAUCCGACAUCGCCCAGCUCCCCAGCUCCCCCUCCCGCUCGUACACUGCUCAGCUAUUGCAUUCGUAGACCGCGACAGCUUACACGAACAAUGUCGCCGCGACGAUCAUCGCGGGCUCGUACCACCCAGCCCCCACCCAGCGUCGCAACACACAGCAACUCCUCAUCCUCCGUCUCAUCAGCGCGCACCGAUCGUGCGUCGAGAGUCAACGCAAAACAGACAUCGCCGCCAAAGUCAUCAACCCCACACUCGCUCUCCUCGGAAGAGCCCGAAGAAACGCCUCAUGACGUCCAGCCUGACCCGCCUCUGACCCGCCGACGAACACGCGAGCAUGACAAUGAUGAGAACGAAUCGGCCAAACUCGACGACGAGCUCGACGAUGAGAUAGCGGAAGAGGACGAGGUCACCCGAUGCGUGUGUGGCUACCAAGAGUACCCAGGUCCGCCAUCGGAUGCUCCCAAGUCCAUGUCCGCUCUCGUGGACCCCGAUGCUCAAGCCGAUGAACUUGGCGGACUCUUCAUUCAGUGCGAUGUCUGUAAGGUCUGGCAACACGGAGGCUGUGUAGGCAUCAUGGACGAAGCUGCCAGUCCAGACGAGUACUUUUGCGAAGAGUGCAGAAAAGACCUCCAUAAGGUCACAACAAGCCCCAAAGGGCAAAAGUACUCUAGAUACCUCCCCGUCUACGAUCAACAGCACGGCAAGAAUCGCAAAUCGUCUGUUUCCAAGGAAUCAGAUGGGCAUCCAGGCAAAGACAAGGACCGCAACAACAGGGCGAGCGUAGAUUCCUUUGGCAAGCGCCGAUCGACGAUGAAUAGCCGAGCUGCUUACGAUGAAGAUGAGGUGCUACGGAAGGUACUCGAAGAAAGCAAGCAUGAGGGCGGUACAGCUUCAGAGAACGGCAAUCGAAAGAAACGGAGCCGUGACGACAGUGAAGAGACAAAGCCGGAAAUCAAACGACAGCGGACUGGUUCUCGCUCUCCCAGCAAUUCGCCAGUGAUAGAAUCCGAAGACGAUAGCACAAGAGCCUCCGCUCCGAAACAGAAACCACGUGGGGCUGCCGCUAAGAGUCAACGCGAAAAAGAACAACGUGAAAAGGAGCGCGAAAGUACCCGAAACGAAGCCGCGAAUCGACGAAAAGGGCGUGCAGAGCGAAGAAAGGGGGACGAUAUAGAGGAACACGAACCCAGUCCCGCACCUGCCGCAGAAGAGCCCGCUAUGCCUCCGUCUGCCACCGAGGCGACAGUUAUCGACACUCCUAUGGCAGAACCCAAGCCUGUGCCUGCUCCGCGAAGAGGUGGACGUCCACCACAAAAGGCUCGCGGUCGCCUUGGUCGAAAUCAGUACUCUCGCGAUACCAUACCUGCGACCAACGGCACUUCACCCAAGAACGACGUUGCACAAUCUCCUCAAGCGAAUGUCACAAACGGAGCGACCAAUGGGCACGAUAGCAGUGACGGGACAACCGGACACAAGCCUGCCAAGACGAAGAACUGGCGUCUGCAGAAGCUGUCUUGGAACGACAUACGAAGGCCGGCUGGAGCUAUGCAAAGUUACAUAGCGCAGCGACAGGUUGAGAUGGCCACUGGAGAGAAGCAUGGAAGUCUGGCUCCGGCUGUUCAACCCACAACGAACGGCGAGCCUGCUCAAGAGCAGCAGAAAGACGAGGAUACAGACCUGGCCAAGUUCAAGAAUCUGAGCACAACUCAGAUGAUGGACUUUUUGAGUCGCGAUCUCGUUCAUUGGCAGCAAAUGAUCACAGAGCCGACGGAUAAGUCGCCCAAGUGACGUGGUUACGGCGCGUACAUGUUUAAUUCAUCUUGUGCUGUAUUGUUUCUUCGAGGUCACACUACAAACACGGCGCUCUCGGCAUAUCUUGCAGGAACCCAAAGGGUAUAGCAUCGACGGCAUUGCUUUCACAUCGGCGUUUUCAUGGGUUGCUUUUGACACGGAUACCCUCCACUUGGUUUACUCGACGCUGGGCUACCCUCC